AUGAAAGAAAUAACAGUUUCUCCAGGUGAAGCUAUCUUUUAAGAAGGAGAUCUUGAUGAUUCAAUUUAUUUAAUUCUAAGUGGCCAAAUUGAGAUAUUUUUAAAAGAAACUAAAAGAGAUUCUCACUCUUUUAUCCUUAAAACAUUAUCAACUGAUUAGAUUUUCGGUGAAAUUGCUUUUUUUUCAGAAUAACCAAGAACUGCUUCAGCUAGAAGUACAUGCUUUUCAACAUUAUGUAAAAUCGAAAGAAAAGAUUUUAUAUAAGUAAUUCAUCAAAAUCAAACUGAUUUUGAAAUUUUCAAAGCUUUACAACAUAAAAUUACUCUGAAUAAAGACUAUAAAUAAAUUAAAAUGAGAUGCUAUGCUUGUGAAUCUAAUAACCACAUUAUAUAGAAAUGCCCAUUAUUAAAUUUAAAAUUUGACCAUUAACUGAUAAAGUUAAAAUACAAUUUUAGUCAAUUUUAGGAAAGGAAAUGUUUGAUAGGUCAAAACAAAAAAAUAUUUAAUCAAAUGAAAACAGAGCCUAAGCAUUAAAAUUUUUUCAAUUCGAAGAUAAAUGAUAGUGAAUAAGGUUUUUCAAACAAAAAAAUAGAAGAAUUAAAGCAUUAAGGAAAUUUCUUUGAACAAGAAGAAGAAUUCUAUUUCAACUCACUCUAUAAACAGUCAAUUUGUAAUUUAGAUGAAUUUCCUGUAAGUAAUAAAUAAAUGUCAUCAGACUAACACUUUGCUAACUCAAAUAAAAGUUUAAUUUAACAAUUUUCUAAUAAAAAUACGAGAAUUGAUUUCAAUAUUAAGCAUGAUGAAAAUAUUUAAGAUAAAGAAUUAGACGUUUACUAAUAAAGUACUCUGUAUGAUGAUUACUCUCUAAAAUAAUCUAUUUCUGCUUUAGAUACAUGCAGCAAAAAUGAAAACUUCACUUAGAAAAAUACAGUUUCGAUUAGAAAAAAAUAAUCAAGUAUUUUAAAACAUAAUAAUUUUAUAGAAAAUAUCUAAGUAGACUAAUCUAAAUAGUCGCUAGCUUUUAUAAAUUAUUUGGAUCAAGAGUCUAUCAACAUCUCCGCAAAUUUAAUUGCAGAAUCUAAUUAUCCUUAGGAAUAAAAAUAUCAUAAAUAGCUAUCAAGUUUAGCAAAUAUCUAACUCUUCCCUGAAGAAAAAAAAAGUGUUAAUUGGAAAUCAUAAGAAACUAAAAUCCUAAAAUUUUGUAAAGAUGAAUAAAUCAGUAAUUUUAAAGAGUAAAGUAUAAGUUAAAACUCUAUAAGAACCUUAUCUUCGCAUGAUAAAUAAGAAACUUAUUAUAAUGGAAACAUAUAAUCAUAAGUUCUAAAAUCAAAUAAAAAACAUGGUAAUGGAUAGAAAGCAAAACAUUUGGUCAGCAAAAGUUCUACUUUAGAAUAACAAAAAAUAUUACUUAAUUACUUUGAUGAAAUGAAAUAAUUUAAAUAUUAUUUCCCUUUUAGUUAUGAAUUUAAGUAAAAAAAAUAAUUUUAUAUCAAGUCUAUGGCAAACUAAUUUAAGGUUUACUAAAUGAACAAUAAUACAAAUAUUUCUUAUGGAAUAUCUACUAAAAGUUCCUAAAAGUACCCAAAAAUUUUCUUACAACAAUAUCAACAAACAGGAUAAAAACUAUGA